AUGGAGGAGGUCUUGGCCUAUCUUGUGUGGGCGCAUGGCCAAGCCAAGGCGCUCAUGGUGCGCCCUAGGGAUGUCCGCCUUGCUGUUCGCACCAAGCCUAUGACUUGCCCACCUGGUGAGCUCACCUUUGCCGACACGUCGGCGAUGACCGGCUACAUCACAUUCUCGACCGCCGCCAUCGAGCGCGGCCUGCACGACGCCAGCGAGUCAGGCUAUCCGUGCGAGCAGCCCUUCUUGGACCAGUAUUGCCGAGGAUUGAAGGAGGAGCACCUCAUGUGGCUCCUCCUUCACGAGUUCACCCACCUCUUUCACGGGUUCAACAACGACCGGCACGACGAAGCGUUCUUCGAGCAAGUGGCUGCCUUUGCGGAGGAACAUCCCUUCCUCUUCUGUUCUUCCGAGACAGAUCAACACCUCGACCUCAGCGAUAAAAUAUAA